GAGAAUAAAAGCAACCCAGAAACUACUCAGGCUUGAUUAGAGUUCAAGUUUAUGUGCAUACAAUGAGUACUGCACCAGCUACAACAGCGGCGGCGGUGGCAGCUACAACGCAAACAAAAUUCAUAAAAUGUGUGACAGUUGGGGACGGAGCUGUGGGAAAGACUUGUCUCCUUAUAUCUUAUACAAGCAACACUUUUCCGACUGAUUAUGUUCCUACUGUUUUUGAUAACUUUAGCGCCAAUGUAAUGGUUGAUGGGCAGACUGUCAAUUUGGGUCUCUGGGAUACCGCUGGUCAGGAAGACUAUAACAGAUUAAGACCUCUAAGUUACAGAGGAGCCGACGUGUUUCUUCUGGCUUUCUCCCUCAUAAGUAGGCCUAGCUAUGAGAACGUCUCAAAAAAAUGGGUUCCAGAGCUGAGACAUUAUGCCCCGGCAGCGCCCAUUGUUCUUGUAGGAACCAAACUAGAUUUAAGAGAUGACAGACAGUUCCACUUGGAUUAUCCCGCGGCGUGUACUAUUUCUACAGAACAGGGUCUUGAACUAAAGAAGCAAAUAGGAGCAGUAGCAUACAUAGAGUGCAGCUCAAAGACACAGCAGAAUGUGAAAGCUGUAUUCGACGCUGCUAUCAAGGUGGUUCUUCAGCCUGCAAAGCAAAGGAAGCAGAAGAAGAGAGCAAGUAUAUGCCGUAUUCUCUAAGCAAAUUCCAAGUGCAAAGCCAGUGUGAAGUUGACCAUGUGAUUCUCUCCUCUUAUGUGCAUUCUCCAUCUUGUUAAUUACAUUCUUUUCGUGUUGAUUUUACCGAGUGCAAUAGGUUGAUCAGAGUGAAAACCACAUUUUGUGUGGGGGGGUACUACCUUCAAGAAGUCAAGGGUGUUUGGGUUUUGUAAAUCGGCUUCUGAUUGAUGUGAAUUAUAAUUUGCUUCUCA